AUGGCACAGCACGAACAGGCAAUGCCGCGCACAUACAAGGUCCUUGGAGAGAAACGAGGCUACAGGCAAGUAAAAAAGGUCGUCGUCAUUGGAGUUCACGGCUGGUACUCACAAAGCAUUUUCAAGACCGUCAUUGGUGCGCCCAUCGGCACCUCGAUUCGCCUUGCGACGAUGAUGGCUGAUGCUGUGCGUCGCCAGUUUCAAGAGGCACAAUGCGAAUUGGGUCCUGAUGCCAUCACCGUUAUUGCGCCACAGCACGAUGGUCGUGUGAAUGAGCGCGCUGAAACGUUCUUUAAAUUUAUUGCACAGAACGAGCAAUACAAGGACGACCUGCACAACGCGGAUGCCGUAUUUGUUGCAGCUCACAGCCAAGGUUCGAUAGUGGCGAGCUUGCUACUGAAAAAGCUUUUGGAUGCUGAGAUUUUGCAGCCGGACCGUUCCCAGACAUGUCUGUUGACCAUGUGCGGGAUCUUCCAGGGGCCUUUCGUGCAUUUGCGUAGUACGCUUGCUUCAUCCUACAUCAACUACUUUGAAACCGUCGCAGCACGCGAGCUGUUCGAGUUCCAGUCUUCUGAUGCACCAAUUUCUAUUGCGCACAUGGAGGCAUACAACCAAGUUUUACAAGCGGGCGUGAAGUGUGUCCAUACCGGAUCCAUUGACGAUAAUGUCGUGCCGCUGUACAGUGCACUGAACUCGGCAGCAGCACAUCCUUCUAUUUUGCGCGCCGUAUACAUCGACGGCGUUGCGUUUCCUAAAACGGACUUUUUGAUUCAUCUCAUUAACCUCUGUGUCGCCGUGCGCAAUAGUGGAUUCCACGACCAUAACCUGCUUACAUUACUUAGCGCUUCGGUCGCUGGGUCCUUGUACGGGGGGCUGGGCCAUUCGCUGAUUUACGACGAGGGACGCGUGUAUGAUUUGGCCACACGCUACUUGUUUGAAACCAACUCGCCUAUUCGGUCAGGCGCUGCGAAAAUACCUCUAACGACCGUUCCCUUUACUGCGCAACGCUGGAAUCCUUACGAGCUUCCAUGGUGCCUACGUGGGUUACUGGAGGACAAAACGAUACGAAACUUUUACAUGCACGACAUUAUUACACUGAUUCAAGAAUACUAUGCAUGGCACCCCGCGGGCAAAACGCUCAAAGACUUGCGAUGGCGUCUUUCGGCCAUUCGCACGAUCCCUCUGCCGGAAGCGUCGAAGUCAGCUUCGCGCGUCAAUGAAAUUGCAUCCAAACUGUAG